UAUGGUGUGCAUAUAUUUUAAUCUUCAUAGUUUAGCUUCCACGAAGUCUGGGCCAAUUGUCGGUAACAGUACGUAAGCUACGAUGGCGGGUUUGCAAAGAAUCCUACAAAGAGCUCUUUCAGGGCUGCUUCUUCGUACCGGUACAAGAGGUUCUCCAUGGCCAACUUUGAUCACGGCUGCGGCCAGCUUUUUCCUCGGCAAAGAGGUCCUUCGCGACGACCAUGCGCAUGGCAAAAAAUGGAACGUUCUGAAUGUUCCAAACGCCAUCCUUGGACUGGGAGGCACCGCUGCCGCUGGUGGACUAUUUCGCGGUCAAGAAAAGCUCGAGACAGCACUAGCCAAUGUGUCCACCGCCAAAGACCUCUUAUCUGCCAAGGAAUUGGAGUUGAUGCAGGCAAAACAAGCUCUGGUUGAAACACAAUCCAGUGUCCGAGAGCUACAAGAGCACCUUGAGAACCAGAAAGCAAGUUUCCUUGCCAUGUUGAUUAUCUUGACCAUUUGCGUGAUUGGGAUGGCCGUUGCUUGUUUGUGUCAGAAGUUGCAUUACAACCAGCGUCGCCACAAGAUGGCUGCUGAUCACAGCUUGGAGCGUGAACGGGCAAUGAAAGAGAGAAUUCGGCAGCAGGCAGCCGCGAUGGAGGAACACAAAGCAUCAUUGCACAAGUCCCACGAAGAGCGACGAUUUCAACAACAAAUGGAAAGUAUGCGUGGAAUCCCUCCAGGUCAUCAACCGCUUAUCUUCACCAUUCCUCCAGGAGUCAUGCCUCCUCCAGUUGUCCCCGCAUUUUGCGAUAGCACUAAUAGGUCACAAUCCAGCGAGCGUUCACGUGGCUGAGCCCUUUGAAACUAUGGUACAGUAUCACGCGACUUUGUGUGUGGCCCAUAAGCAGCUCUCCGGAUACCGUGUGCUAGCAGCCUACCGGUGCUACUGGUAGGCAGUAGCUAUGCAUAGCUAGCUAGUAGAACUGUUGCUAAACUAAGAAGGUGAAAUAAAUUUAAU